UGUUCUCAAGCAUUCUAUGGAUGCGACGAAGACAAGUGAGGGUCCUUCACCUGAUUACCGUCAAGAAGUAGCACUAUUCUACGUCGUAUUUUUUAUUGUCUUCCCAUUCUUCUUUGUCAACAUUUUUGUGGCUCUGAUUAUCAUCACGUUCCAAGAACAAGGAGAAAACGAACUUAUUGAUUUGGACAUUGACAAAAAUCAGAAACGCUGCAUUGAUUUUGCCAUUAACGCUCGUCCACUUUGCCGCUACAUGCCAAAGGAUCGAAGAUCCAUGAAGUAUCGUAUUUGGCAGCUAGUGGUGUCAACACCGUUUGAGUAUUACAUUAUGGUUAUGAUAGCGCUUAAUACACUUAUAUUAAUGAUGAAGCAAGCAUAUCAUAACUAUUGCAAUACAUUAAUAUACCUAAACUCUGCCUUCACGGUGAUGUUUUCUAUUGAAUGCGUACUUAAAAUAAUGGCGUUUGGACCAAAGAAUUAUUUCCGAGACAGGUGGAAUAUUUUUGAUUUUAUAACUGUCAUUGGAAGCAUAACGGAUGUUUUGGUUUCGGAACUGCAGGAGUCCGCUUUUUUGAGUCUUGGAUUUCUUCGACUCUUCCGUGCAGCAAGAUUGAUUAAGUUAUUGCGUCAGGGCUAUACAAUUAGAAUUCUAAUGUGGACCUUCAUACAAUCUGUCAAAGCCUUGCCUUAUGUCUGCCUUCUGAUAGCAAUGCUUUUCUUCAUCUACUGCAUCAUUGGCAUGCAGGAUAGUUAA